AUGGCGAUUGAUGGCAAACCUUAUGCAAACUAUAUGCAAGGGAGCUGUGUUUCCACUUAUUUUCAGAAGGACCCCUGGUGGAGGUUGGACCUGCGGGGUGUCUAUGACAUCAUAUCCAUUGAAAUCAUCCGAAGAGUCGAUUGCUGCAUUUAUGAGCUAGACGGGGCUGAUAUCCGCAUUGGUGACUCGCUGGAGAACAAUGGCAACAACAAUCCCAGGUGUGCCGUCAUAACCGUGAGCAGUAGCGUUACCAUGACCUUCAAUUGCAACAAGAUGAGAGGACGCUACGUCAACAUUUUCCACCCUGGAGUAGCAAAAAUAGUUCAGCUUUGUGAGCUCAAAGUGUACGCCACUACCCAAAUUACAGGAGAUAACGUGGCGCUGAGAGGAGUAGCUAUGCAGUCUGCACCACCGGCUUCUGCAGCAGCCGCUCCACUCAUGGCCAUUGAUGAGCACCCUGGGCCGAGCUACGCAAAUGAAACAUGCGCCUCCGUCCCACUGCAAGACAACCCCUGGUGGCAACUGGACCUGAGAAGUAUCUACCGCAUAACUGCUGUGUCUAUCAUCAGCAACGGAAACUCUGAGGAGCUGAACGGUGCUGAGGUCCGCAUCGGGCUCAGGAAUGACACCAGCAACCAGAGGUGUGCCGUCAUCUCCAUUUCUGAGGGACAGCUCAAAUACGACUACCAGUGUGGAGUAAUGGAAGGUCGCUUCGUCCAUGUUGUUCUUCCGGGACUUAAGAAGACUUUGACUAUUUGUGAAGUACUGGUUUAUGGCACUGUGCUUGAAAAUGUUGCUUUGAGAGGAGUAGCUUUUCAGUCUUCUUUGAGAACGAAAACUAGUGGGGAAGCCAGCAAAGUUAUCGAUGGCCGUCAGUUUGAGACCUGCAGCAAAACUAAAGACGAACCCGGCCAGUGGGUGACGGUGGAUCUACUGGUUCCAUACAAUGUAACUCUGAUCCAGCUUGCCUACCUUGAGGACUGCUACCAUAGUGAUGAUGUCCAAGUGGACAACAAAAGCUGUAAGGCCAUCCCCAGUAGAUCACAAUCUCUGGUAACUCUGGAUUGCGGAGGGGUUGUGGGUCGCUAUGUGACUGUGAUGCAUCCAGAGGAACCACCGCCUCUGUGUGAGGUGGAGGUCUAUAGCACUUGGGAAAAUCUUGAAAACAUAUUCCCUCAGAGCCCCCUGCCCCAUGUGUGUAAAGGUGCUAGAUUGUAA